UUUAACUCAUUACGAUGUGCAUAUAAUAUUCUGAAAAAAUGAGUAACGUCGCUUUAAAGGAAGCAUUUGAUGUUGAAUCAAAGUGUGGACCAUUUUAUACUGGAGGAAUUGUUCAAUGGAGUAAUGAUGGACAGUAUAUGUUCUGCCAAAAACAUGGUACAAUUUCUAUAGUAUCUUUAAAAGACUGUACAACAUUAAUAUCCAAUUUGGGUGAAGCGAGUAAUAAUGAAGAGGAAGAUACAAUUAAUUCAUUUACUGCAAGCACUAAUGACGAGAACAUAAUAACACAUCACAAAAGUGGCCUCUUCAAAUUGUGGAAUUGGAAAGAUAAUAAAUUGGUCAAGGUAUGGAAGUCCAUUCACAAGGGUCCGGUACACCAUAUUGCUUAUUGUAGUGAGCGAAAUUUAAUGGUCUCAGGAGGUAUCGAUGGUACUAUCAAAGUAUGGGACCUGAAUCAUCAUACUUGUACUCAUAAUCUGAAGGGAGCUCAAGGAGUUAUCAGUGUCUUAGCCUUUCAUCCAGACAUUGAGAAGAACCUUGUGUUCGCUGCAGGUGACGAUUUUAAAAUUUACGGUUGGAAUAUAACAACUGGGAAAAACAAAAUGACUCUUCCUGGACAUUUUAGUAAAGUCACAUCUUUAUCAUUUCACAGUAGUGGGAAUUACUUAGUCAGUUCGGGAAAAGAUAGAGUAUUAAUUUUAUGGAAUAUUUCCAAUGAAUCGUCAGUACGUGUUUUACCAGUCUAUGAAGAAAUAGAAGACAUAUUCAUUAUACCUAGUAAUGUAUCGCUACCUGUACCCCUUCAUAAUAAGUCAGAGGAUAAUGCUAUUUAUGUUGCUGCUGCAGGAGAAAAAGGUGUUGUUACAAUUUGGGAAAUGAAAACUGGCAGACAAGUGUAUGUGCAAAAAAAUUCCACUGUCUUAGCAGCCAAAGAAGAAGAAAACCUUUCUGUUACACAUUUACUUUAUAAUAACAAUAGUAUUACUUUUGCUGUAGUUACUGUCGAUCACAAUAUAAUUAUUCAUUCCUUAGAAACAUUUGAAUGCAUUAAGCAGUUGGUGGGUUACAGUGAUGAAAUUUUAGAUAUUGUGUACGUAGGAGAGAAUGGAAGUCAUUUAGCUGUUGCUACUAAUAGUUGUGAUAUAAAAUUAUAUGAAAUAUCGACGAUGAAUUGUGAAUUAUUACGUGGACAUACAGACAUUGUGUUAUCCCUUGCAUCAACACCUGUUAAUGUCUGCUUGUUUCUGUCUUCGGCAAAGGAUAAUAGUGUCCGCGUAUGGCAUAUGAUUAAGGAAACUGCAAAGGUACAUUGUAUUGCAUCUGCUACUAGGCACACUGCCUCCGUUGGUUCUAUUGCAAUUUCUCAAGCAUCUUGUAAAUUCUUCACUUCUGUUAGUCAAGAUUCUUGCCUUAAACUGUGGAAUUUACCAUCAGAUUUAAAAUUUGAAGACGAAAACUCUCUAACUGUAGUUCAUACAGUUGUGGCUCAUCAGAAAGAUAUUAAUUGUGUAACUGUUUCACCAAAUGAUAAAUUAAUUGCCACGGGAUCGCAAGAUAAAACAGCGAAACUAUGGUCAGCCAAUGACUUACAAUUACUUGGUGUAUUUCAUGGCCACAAAAGAGGUGUCUGGUGCGUACGGUUUUCCCCUGUUGAUCAAGUACUUUUGACAACAUCGACAGACUGCACAGUGAAGCUUUGGUCACUGAAAGAUCUCUCCUGUUUAAAAACAUUGGAGGGUCAUGAAUCAUCAGUAUUGAAGGCAGAAUUUUUAACACGUGGUAUGCAGUUAAUUACAGCAAGUGGGGAUGGUCUUUUGAAACUUUGGAGUAUUAAAACGUCAGAAUGUGUAUGCACUUUACAAGAGCAUGAUAGUCGUGUAUGGACAUUGGCUGUCAGGAAAGAUGAGAAAGCUAUAAUCAGUGGUGGAAGCGAUUCAUUGUUAAUUAUAUGGAAGGAUGUAACCGAAGAGAAAAAAGAAAAAGCAAUAUCAGAAAUUAAACAGAUUGCACUUGAAGAACAACAAUUAGCAAAUUUACUUAAGGCCAAUCAGCUAAGUUCUGCAUUGAGAUUAAGUUUGAAAUUAAAACGGCCUCUGCAAGUACGUAGGAUUGUAGAAUGUAUUUUAAGCAAAAGUAGUUCCCAACUUACACAAACAAUUGCUGAAUUAAAACGUACGCAUAAAGAAGAGCUGUUUACAUGCGCUAUUGCGUGGAAUACGAACAGUAGAAGUUGCCACCUGGCUCAGGUAGUUUUAAAUGCCCUAAUAGUGGAAUGGGAAUGUGAGAAUAUAAAAUCAGCCUCCACACUGGAAUCUGCAAUACCAUAUACUGAACGGCAUUAUUCAAGAAUCACAAAGUUGUUGCAAAAUCUCCACCUAUUGACAUACACACUUAAUCGUAUAAAACCACAUAUGACGUCUGUACAAACCAAAUAAAGUGGAAUGAAAUUAAUUA